UAAUUUGAAGACACCAAACGGAAAUGUGUCGGUAGCUGUAGCUAAAGCUAACUGCUGUGUUCUCGUAUCGUUUGUUUUUUUCCGGUGCUGACGCUGCUCUCUCGGCCGUAGAAGUAGUUUGUUAAACUUCGGCUGUAAGAGAACACGUUGACUGUCCUGGUGAUCGAGGUGUGUCACCUUGGCUGUGGUCCUCACUCCUCUCCUCAGUCUCUCUCGUGGUGGUGACACUGGCUCUCUGCCAGUCCUCUGUCGAUGAAGAUGUCCCUGGCCCAGCGGGUGCUCCUCUCCUGGAUCUUUGCCCUCAUCUUCCUCAUCAUGCUGGUCCUCAAGCUGGACUCCAAGAUCCACUGGAACUGGUUCCUGAUCUUCCUCCCCAUCUGGACCUUUGACACCAUCCUCAUCCUCAUGCUGAUCGUGAAGAUGGCAGGACGCUGCAAGCCAGACUUUGACCCCAGAGACGGCGAGCAGAGCCUGAAGAAGAGGCUGUGGUACCUGACGGCCCUGCUGCUGAAGCUGGCCUUCUGCCUGACACUGUGCUCCCACCUGGAGAGGCUGGCUGACAUGUGGGUCAGCGUGGUGUGUGUCCCUCUGUGGGUGCUGCUGGGUGGGGCGCUGGUGGAGCUGGGACACAGUGUUUUCCACUACAGGAGGGACUGAAUCAGAGGACCCUACAAUAGUUGAUUUUGAACAUGACAGACUUUUUACUCUCAGGCUUCUCGAGCUAUGGAUGCACCAAUCUGAUCCGCUGGAUUGGAAUCAGAGCUGGCGCAGACCUUAUGAAGCACAUCGUGUAUCAGGCUGACAUGACCGAUCCACUUCAGAUGCUGUCUAUUUGUCAAUGUCAUUAUAAAAUUUGAUGUUUCUGCCUCGAGCUCAGCAAGUUACAGCAGGUUCCAAACUCAAGAGGCUCCAAAGAGUUCUUCACACUGGUUCACAGGUUUUAAAUCCAAUAAGCGCAGAGCGGGACAUUGGUUUGACGUUCACAUUACUGCCUUCUGGCUUUUCUUUACACAACAGCUGAAACAGAAAGGGUGACAAAACCAAAUGUGUGCACCAGUUCUUUGUGACACUAAAUGUUGCUCUACAAUUCACCUCUUCACUUUUCUGGGGGGAGGGUGCACACAUACUGUCUCGACACACAAAUACUUAUGUCUGCUGUGUCCAUGUAAUACUAGUGCCACAUUGAUGGUAUAUUACUCUCUGCACUAGCAUGCACUGUGUACCACUGAACCAUAUAAUAUGUUGCCGUCUAUGGAGUCACUGUUGCAUCUCUGUGUAUUUCUGUAAAGCAGUUAGAAAUCUCACAACUUCCAUAUGUGAUGAAUUUGUCAGUACAUCCCAGAAUGUCCUUCUGCCACUGAAACAAUUCAGUUUGAAUGUAAUCCCGAACAUUCUCUGGAUAUAUGAAUAAGUCCUUUGCACUGUGCAGAUAAAGAAUUGUAGUUUACAUCCUUGUGAAUGCAAAAUAUAAUUCUGUAAUACAUAUAAUACAAUUUCUGAUGGCUGUAAGGCCAAUGCUCAGUAUUAACUGUU